AUGGAGAACAUAGAUGUGGCUGCCUCUGAUAAGGCGAGAGAUUCAGAGCAUUAUUCGGAAAUGGAUCGAGGACCUGCAACGCAGAACGACACUUCCCAUCGAGAUUCAAGCCCAUCGGAAAAAGCAAUGGACAGACAACGCGAGGCUCAAGAAUACAUUCGAAAUCGUCGAGCACAAGCAACUGUCACAGACGAGGCAGAUGAGAAUGUUAUCGACAACGUUGCACAAUUUGGGCCACAAAAUAUAAGUAGAGAAAGUGAAGAUGAUGAACAAAAGCUACUUGCUACAUUAGCAGAAAAGUACAACUACAAUCUAUAUCUACCGCCUGGAAACUCUGGAAGCCCUAUAAUAGAGCAUACAAAUUACGCUGCUCAAUUGCAUCGUGCCCAGCAGCCGUCUUUGCCGCAGACACGUCAAAUAACAGAUGGGCCUGACUCCUGGCACCAUACUCGUCCCAGAAAUCGCUCCGAUUCUCCACCCACCGAAAAUCCCCCUCGAUCCCCCUCUCCAUCAAUACGACAGCUCGAUAGUACGCAAAUAACUCCUUCUCCGCCACCACCUAUUCCAACAGCUCCAAUAUCUGACUUUCGUCCUGGUCCUAUCUUCUCUAAUUCACACAUGCCUUAUCAAGCGAAUAAUACUCGAUCUAACUACACAACGAAUCUCAGGCAAUAUGCAGAUAGAAACAGGGGACCGGCUAAUAAGCAGGCUGCCGAGAGAUCGGCGUUCGAGAACAAUACGGCCAAUUCUGGAACACAACCAUCUGUGAACAGUCAGCUCUCGGAGAGAUACAGACAUAAUCAGAUCACAUCUCCUCCACAUCAAAAGUCCCAAUCGCCGCAGGCUGCACCUACGCAAUGGGCGGCACCUAAACCUGCUCGGAAUAACACCAAUAUUGUCCAGAAUCUUCAAGAAUCAACAGCUCUACAGUUAGCGGAGUCGGGAUCUCAAUCUUCUAGACUCCAUCCUGUGUCAUAUUCUUCUCAGUCGCGGCAAGAUGCCAGUCAACAAAACAUAGAACAGGGGCAUGAUCUCUCACAUGCGAAUGGCUCAGAACUCUGGAGUCAUAACAAUAGGAUUCCGCAAAAGAAUUACCCAACUCCCGACAGUCUGUCAAGCAAUAGUCGCCGCCAAAUGUCAUAUGCGCCACAGAAUAAUACCCACAGCAGUCCCAAAACUUUCGGCCAUGCGCUAGCCGGACAAAUCGCACCAGUCCAACAAGGCCACCAUGGAGGGCACGGGCAUGAAACAUAUGGCCCCCGUCACGAGCAUGAUAUGGGCCACCCGAAUUAUGGCUAUGAUCAAAAUUCUCAAGGAGAUUUUAGUCCGCCAACUACAAUUCCUAAUCCAUCGAAUUUCACUCCAGAAUCUCAUGGAAAUUCCACUCGUGGUCAUGCAGGAGGAUAUAGUUCUGAACAUCAGUUUGAGCAAGCUAUGGACAACCGUAGACCACCAAUCCACGGAUCGAUGUCGUCGCCCACCCUUCAUCGCCAUAAUAAUUUCGUUGAUUGGAGAUCGCAGCUUUGCCAGCUAUUCAAUGCACCAUCGGAUAGCCAUGACGAAGACCUUUUCAAGAUGUUGGAAAUGACCAGAAGCAAGCUUUUGCCCGACGCUCAGGAUGCUAAUCAAGAAAAGUUAGCCUUACCUUAUCAUACGAUUUAUCGAGUCAGAUGCCAUCAGAAUGGGCAGACCCACAUGUUUUUGGAUACUCCUUGGCUGGUGAAGGACGGCCCCACUAGUGGCCAUAUUCAUGGCAGCAUGGUUGUACGAAAUAUUGCUCUACAUACGCAGCAAUAUACAAAUUUGUCUUUUAUUGUAUACAAAGACUAUGCCUGCUGCAAAUCCAAGAUCGACUUAUUGAAGCCAGAGAAUAACAUAAAACUUCAACCUGGAGACUCGGAACAAGCUGGUUUAAAUGACGAGAGUCAACUUGCAGAGUUCCUCGAAGGCGAGUCAGUGUGCUUGGUCGGUAGUGAGCUAUCUGCCGGUCUCAAAAGACUUACUAGGCAGAAUAUUCAAGAGAAUCCAUAUUACCCUUCAUUUAAUGUUGGGACUGAGUUUAAGGCACCAUAUCCAUGGUUUUAUCAUCAAAGAGCUCCUUUGGAAGAGCGAAGACGUCAGCUAAAACCCGAGCUUUUGACUCGUGUAAAUUCUUUUGUAGAAUAUGUCAACGAAAGUUUUGGGCCCGAAUAUGCCGUAGUCGAUGCGCUUCUAAGUCAGGGGAAAAUCACGCGCACAUAUUUGUGCUAUCUUUACAGCCCUGACACCGUCAUACUACGCACUGAAAAACAUGAUGUAGGAAAGACGAAAGCUUACUUAACUAAAUCAUGGCUUCAUCUGCCAGUAGCAGGAAGCACGAAUGGGACUGGAGAGCCAGCUACGUUGACAACUUCCUUGCUCGUAUCUUCUUGGUCAUUUGAUGGCCUCUUCCAAGAGAAUGUUGAAUUGAUUACAAUCGAUGAUUUCAAAACGCCAGAAGAGAUUAUAAAAAUCACCGCUCUCGGAACUUACCCAAUGCGCUACGCCGACCCCACCAUUGGCACAUCGCUUAGGAAACAAGGAGAAAUGUUCUGGAAGUUCCGUAACGCGUGCUACAUAUAUUAUAGUGAAGAAGAUGAGUCUGUAGAAACCAUUGGGCAGUCCAGGUACAUGGUUGAUAUCAAGACGUACAAGAAGUUGCACCCAAAAUCUGCUGGCGCCAAAGCACCCAAUCGUGAUGAUUUAGGUCCCUUGGCCAUGGCGUCCGACGUGCCACCAGAGGGAGUUUUCACCUUGCUUUUGCCUAACACGAUUGUUGGAUUCAAUAUACAAGAAAAGAAAUGGGUCGAUCUCGAAGUUAGUCGCAUGUAUGCGGUCAAAUGGAACAAGGAUGCAUUUGAAACAUUGGCCGGAGACAACGACAUGAAGAUUCUCAUUACAGCUUUAGUCGCGAAUCAAAUCAAAGACGAACAAAGUCCAAGUCUCGCUGGCAGGAAGGGAACUGGCUCAGUCAUUUUAUUGCAUGGCUCUUCUGGCACCGGUAAAACUAUGACAGCGGAAAGUGUAGCCGAAGUAGUCGAGAGACCACUCUACAUAGUUCCAUGUAGCGAGAUAGCAACUACACCAGAGGCCUUACAAAAAUCUCUCCAACAAAUCUUUUAUCUAGGAAGAGUUUGGAAAUGCGUCAUACUCCUCGAAGAAGCCGAGUUGUUCCUCGAGAAACGAACUUUGGGAGACCUUCGUCGCAACGCAUUAGUUUCUGUAUUUUUGCGGGCACUUGAAUCGUACAACGGGAUUGUCAUUUUGACGAGUUCUUCCAUUUCUGCUGUGGACGAGGCGCUCAAAUCCCGCAUUCAGCUUUCCCUUCGCUAUGCUCCUCUCACUUUGACCCAACGAACUAAGAUAUGGGAAUCUCACAUCACGCAGCUUGAAUCACUAGAAUCUCUCUUCAAUCCCUCUACGAUCAACAUCACUGAGCUUCGCGCAAAUAUAUCUACGCUAGCUAAGUACAAGCUCAACGGCCAUGCAAUCGGCCAUGCCGUCAGAACAGCCAGACAACUAGCUCUAUGGAAGGGCAUCCCAAUGGGAUUCGAAGAAUUACAGUAUGCAGUCAACGAUGCAGGAGGAUACGACGAUUCAGAUGAAGAAGACAAAAGAAACGCGGGAGAAGCAAUGAAAGGGGUUGUGGAAGAUGCAGAUGAUGACCCUUUUGAUGGCGUGGAGGAUUUAAUGAGUGUUGCUGGGUUAUGA